CCCGGCUCCUCCCUUCAGCGGGGAGCCCAGCCUGGAGAUGGGGACCUGGUCGAACCCUAUGCUCAGCCCUCAGAACUCGAGGUCACCUGGGCACAACUGCACCAUGGUGGGGUCAGCUCUGAAGUCGUCAGGGCCAGCGGCCUCUGCCCCUGAGCGGCAGCCAUCACUGAUGCAGAAAAUGAAAGCAUUAGUAGAAAGAAGGAAGAGUGUUCCAUCUCUUCUACCGGAUAAAGCCCUGCAAGAACAGCUUAGUACCAGCAUGGAAAGACCUUCUGCUGGCACGAACACCUGUACAUUUCUGUCAUCAUUUUUGUGCUCCGAUAGGACUCUGCUGAUUGACGGCCUGGUAGAGCUCAGAAGCCGCCUGCGGAGGCAGGAGCGGCAUCUUUUCCUAUUCAGUGAUCUGCUCGUUGUGGCCAAAAGCAAGAAUAACAAUAAAUUUAAGAUGAAAAACAAGAUUAAAUUAACUGACAUGUGGACAGCAAGCUGUGUGGAUGAAAUCUGCGAUGACAAGAGCAGUGCUACGAAAUCCUUUGUCUUGGGCUGGCCCACUGAGGACUUUGUGGCCACUUUCAGUUCUCUGGAAGAAAAAGAUGCAUGGCUCUCUCUCCUGCAGAGAUACAUCGAUCUCGAGAAACAGAAGGACCACCUGAAGAGCAUUCCCCUCAGAAUCUUCACUGAGGACAUGGGGAAUUGUGUCCAUGGUUCGGAGAGAGAUUAUCAGUUAUGCAUCAGUUAUGGGAAAGCAGCAGCACCGCACCCACUCAUUGGGCAUGAAUAUCCCUAUGGGAUUAAAAUGAAGCAUCUGCGAGACACUGCACUCCUGACAGCGGCCUCAAAGGACUCUACCGCCAUGUUCAACUCCCAAGAGACCUUCCUCAUGGAAGAGCUGCCACGAGAGAGGCAGUGCCAAUUUAUCCUAAAGCCCAGAUUCCGGGCUGCAGCCCAGCCACUGAGAGAGUCACAUGGCAAGACAUCUACAAAGAAAAGAUGUAUCUUCAAUUCAGUGUGUUGCUGGAGAUCUAGCACUGACCAGGACAACUCACUUGUGUCACUGCCAACAUCCCCUGCCAUGGCAGUACAAUUCCUUGGACUUGCCUUGGAAAGAAACUGUGAGAAUGACACACAGGAGGUUGUCGAUGCCCCCUGUGUCAAAACGAGAAAGACAGCUGGCCAGGGAAAGAGAAACAUGGCCUCUAUUUUAAAGAUCGCUGUUGAUAUCCUCAAGAAACCUAAUAAUUUAAACAAAAAUAACCAUGACUUGGAGCACUGCAAUGAAGAAGGUGCUCAAGUAGAACAUCCACUUGAGACCAGACUUUUUGGGGUCUCCCUGAAACACAUCUGCAAAAACGACAAUCUGCCGAAACCCAUCAUGGAUAUUCUUUUGUUUCUAAACGAGAAAGGCCCUGUGAAGGAAGGCAUCUUCUUUGUGCCGGCAGACAGGGAACGCUGCCGAGACCUCAAAGACAAACUUGAAUCUGGAGUACAAAUAAAACUGUACUGGGAAAACGCCUUUGUCCUGGCAUCCGUCCUAAUGGAUUUUCUAAAAGAAAUUCCUGGAAGCAUUUUGUCGUCUGAUCUUUAUGAUGAGUGGGUCAGUGUCAUGGAUAACAGAAAAGAUAAAGAUAAAAUAAAUAAAAUUCAAAGGCUCUUAAAGAAGCUUCCAAGAGCAAAUGUCGUGCUUUUAAACUACCUAUUCGCCUUACUAUACAAUAUUGAGAAAAAUUCUGCAUUAAAUCAGAUGGACUCAUCGAACCUGGCAGCAUGUGUCGCUCCCACAGUUCUUUGGCCUGCUAAAUCCUGCGGCCGAGAACCAGAAAAUGAAUUGGCAAGAAAGGUUACGCUGCUCUUUCAAUUCAUGCUUCAGAAAUGUCAAACAGUAUUUGGAGAAGAAGUCACAUCCCUGUACGGAGAAUCUUCAGGGACGCAAUGCACUAGAAAAAAUGCCUCAGAUAUUUCUCCCAUUGAACUGAGUGACUCCUCCUCAGUAGAGAGCCUGGAAUGUGAGCUAAAUGAGGAUGUUUAUGCUCCAUUCCCCGAUGUGGCGAAGGACCUUGGGCACUGGAAGACAAGCGUACAGUCCAUGUUAAUGGACAUCGAUGAUCUUGACCCAGCCCAGCUGGCAUACCUUUUAUCACUCAACGACUUCCUCUUGGAGCAUCCUGAAUAGGAAGUUGCUCAAGUGGAUGAGGCUCUUAAAGCCACGCCUCAUUUUCAUUUUCACAAAUAUUUUGAGCUUGGCAACACAGGUGUUAUUAUUAUCUCCAUUUUAUGGCAUGAAGACUAAGACACAAAGUGUUAACGUAACUUGUCCAAGGACACAUAAAAAGUAAAUGGCAGAAUGAAGACUCUCGGGCUGGUUUUCUGACUCUGGACCAGCACUCUCUUGAGGACAAGAGUUGUUGAAAAAGUGGAAGAAGUGCAUCUCCAUGGCUUCAAAUGGAAUUCUGUUACUGCUAUACCAUAAAGUGCUGUAAAGAGAAGAACAUCUGGGCAGUUCCUGAGGCAGGUCUCUUACAGGCAAAGCAGAGUGCCUCCAGAGAACGACGCUAUGAUGAGGGCAUCCAAUGUGGGAACCUGUGAUAUGCAUGUGAAACUAAAACUAAGGAAUGGUGGCACCUUCUAGAAAGCCUCACACCACCUGUUUGUCUGCAGAAGAAAAGAUAAGUAAUACUCCACCAUAGACCAUGCCCAAAGACCCACUGAGCCCGUGCACAAGGCUGAAAGAAUCACAGAUAUAAACCCCUAGCUUAUUAGGAUACUAAAAUCCCCAACCUGGGGAGGGCUUAUCUGCCAUUUUUUGAUCAUGAGACAAAGGUACUCGCAUGAUUUCUCACUGCACUUGCAUGCCCUACACUCUACCCCAAACAUGCACUGAUGGUCACACCCUGGCUGCAUUAUUCAGUUCACCUCUAGAAAAAACAUGUUGGGGAGGUUUAUCUCAGGCAGUUCAUAACACCCUCCCACUUGACAUGUUCACUGACAUAAAUUCUUUCCUCCUUAAUAAUCCUUGCUAUCCCACUAACUGGCUUACUUUGUGGCAGGCAACAUCGAACCCCCCCUUGUGGGUUUGUUACCCACUUGGGGACUCCUUCAGGAUCCGUUCCUCAUGGAUUGGUCGCCAAGGAGUGGGGAGAGACUUUAAAGCCUCCGUAGCAGCUGCCUGGCUGAGGUUCUGCAGAGGGGGAUAAACACUAUGACUGGCUUCAGCCACGGAGUGAGAAGACAGCAGCUGAUAAGAUUCUAAAAUUUAAAUGAGGUCACCCUGCUUUUGCAAUUUAUGACACAAAAUUGCUACAGGGUAUUUGGAGUGGAAAUCACUUCACUUUAUGGAGAGGUUUCAGGGACAUGUGGUACUAGAGGAAAUGCCUCAGCUAUUUCUCACUUCCAACUGAGGCACUCCACCUCAUAUGACAGCUUGGAUAAUGAACUGAAUGAGGACGUUUAUGCCCCCAUGCAGUGAUGUGGCAAAGAAACUUGGCCAAUGGAGAAGGAGUACAGACUGUUUUAAUGUUCAGCGGUGACCCUGACCAACCUGAGGUGGAAGGUGGAAUACCCUCUAUCCCUCAAUGACUUCCUCGUGGACCAUCCUGAAUAAGAAGAUGCUCAAAUGGUCCGGCCUUGUGAAGCCAAGGCAAUCAAUGUUGCAGUGGGCACAGGUGUCCUGCUGCGGGAUCCCACUGAGGCCCUGUCUGGCACACCCCGCCACCUGUCCAUAGCUGCAGCAGAGGCAGCAAAAAUGUGAGGCAAAACUGGUGCUGCUGAAAGCCCGGCAUCUACUGUCUGCAUUCACAGAUUUCCUAUGUCGGGGAGUUUUAUCAGAAAAAGCUGUGUAGUCCAGCUGUGAUGCUCUUCUGUGUCAAAAAGAUGAGGACUGUCUGAAGCACAAUUAACCCCUCCAUGCAGGGGGGUAAGACAGAGUUUUAAAACAGAUUUUAUUCAUAAGCACUGAUACAAGCAAAAAAAAUUCCACUAAUCAGAACAUCAAGAAGACAAGCUUGUCUUUUAAGGAAGGAAAUUGUAUGAAAAUUUUCCAGAAGUCCAAGCCAUUGGCCAUUUCUGUGUCCCCACAGAAUCAUUGCAAGAACAGCUGCUUGAUUUGGAUACAACUGGAAACUCCCCACCACGGGCAACAGAUGCCUUUAAGAGUUCAAGGAAACAGCAGCACAGCUCAGAGCGCAACAUAAGUGACUGCAGAGGCAAACUGUCCUUUCUCUGGGGUAUUUGUUUAAAGAAGCAGCAUAAAAGUCUCCAGGAAUCUGUUCUCUUUCAUGAAGAGGAGGAUUAUGUCAAACUACGUAAGUCUUUGCAAACAGAUGGACAAAAGCUUUUUAAUCAGAGUUUGGUCAUGGGGAUUGAGGUGGACAAGAGUAGUGCCACCAGCCAAAACACUGAGAAGAUUUUACACCCAAGAUUAAUCCUUUGCCCAUGGAGUAGCCGUCCCAGCUUAUCCUCUCCAGGUACUUCCCCAUCGGGUGCACCAGUGAGAUCCAGGACAGUGCUUUCUCUCAGAUUUCUGAACACUCUGUGUUUACACCCAGUGAAACUCCUCUCCAGUAGCUCACAGUUUUCAGACCAAAGAAAACUCAAAAGGCUCUCUUCUUACAGUAGCAAUUCUAGCUUUGUUUCUGGAAUGCCUGGUCCCUCAUUAGGGCAGGCCAGCAGCUGCCCGGCUUAUACAAAAAGGACACCAAAGAGUGGCAUUCACAAACACAUUCUGUAACUCUUCAUCCCACCACAUGGUUGAGAAAUGGUGUGGCCACCAUGAAAACUGAUCCCUCAAAAAGAAAGCAAAGGCAUCCAGACCAGAGGAAAAGAAGACAGGUCCUGUAGAAGGUCACUUGGAGCCCCCUCCGAAUGUUUCUGGUGUUCUAGAAGAAAACUCACUGCAAGAGGAACAGAAUGACAUUCCCUUAAGGGCAGCGGAGGGACUGGGAGCUGUGCAGUCAGCCCAGUGCUGUAGUUCUCCCUGCCAGGACUCAGACAGACUCUGCUUUCCACCAGGCUGAAUUUUGAGCUACAAACUCCAGCUGUGUGUGAAGCCACAGGAGGCCAUAGAGCACGGUGGCCAGGGCUCCUCUGAUUCUUUGCCUUGGGGAGGAGCCUCAGCCAGCUCUUCCACUGUGGAUUCUGCGGCCAGCACAGACUCUGGGCCUACAGUCGUCUGUGAUGUUGGGGACAAACAAUGAACCACAGACAUUUAACCAUGAUAAGAAACUGAUGUGCACAAGAACAGGAAAUGGGACGAUAAUAACCUAAAGAUAAUAAUUAUUAUGACCCCUUUGUAUAAGAUACCUGGGAGAGGUAGUAUGAGGAUAAUCAUUGUUAAUACUUACGGCAAGAAGAAAUAAUAAUUCCCUUUAUUGAAAUGAUUUUACAAAAACUUUAUGCCAAAAAAUAUCUGUUACUUAAGUACUUAGAGGUUUUUCCUUGUUAAACCAUGGGAUUGGUCCUGUCAUGUGGUUUUAGAGGUACUCGCAGAGGACCAGAGAAAACAACCUCUGUAGAGGAAGCAUGUCUUAUGUGAAGAGUUGUGAGAUUAGUGUCCUGAGAGGACCAGGAUGUCAUGAAUGAGGAAUAAGGGAUGGGGACAGAGAGGAAGUUGUACAGAGAAACCAUCCACAUUUUAAUAAGUAGCCAAGAAAGAUGCUACUAAUCAAACCAUUAAAAAGAAAAGCAUGUCUGGUGAUGAAGAAAAUCAUGUGAGACUUUUCUCUAAAUCUAAGCCAGUGGCCAUUUCUGUGGCAUUUUACAGUCAUGUGUCCUCACAGAAUCAUUCCAGGAACCAGCCAAUCUAUGCACCCAGAGUGGAGAAAAUAGUGAUUAAAGAACACUGGGUAGCAUGAUGUCAGGUUUUUUCACUGGCUGUAUUUGUUGAUUUGUUUUUUUCACUAGAGAUGGAGUCGUUUUCAAAGGCUUCAGGAAAAAUAAAUGUGAGGAAAAGAAAAUGGUUGCUCAAGAUAUCCUAGUCUUCCAAGGAUUAGUAGCAUUUUUCUUACCUACUUAAAAAACAUUUCAUAAAAUGCGCGAGUUUGUUAACAUAAAGACAUGGUUGUUUAAAAUAUAAAUAUGCUCAAACAGAAUACAUCCAUGAUGAAAACUUUUUUAACCUGA